UUAAAAUAUAUAGAAUAUAACCUUUUAUCUUUCGUCUCCAGAUGGCUUGAGUAAUGGAGGGCGAUUGUGCGGAGGAGGGCUGGCUGCUGGUCCGCGUCCACGUGCCCGAGCUGAACGUGCAAAAAAGCCUGCAGUUCUCUCGCGACCAGCUCGUGUGGGACGUCAAGCAGCAGUGCCUUGCCGCCUUGCCUAAGGUGGCCACUUGGUAUCGGGAAUUGAAAGAGAGCUUCAACUAUGGUUUGUUCUGCCCACCGGUCAACGGCAAAGCCGGCAAGUUUCUGGACGAGGAACGUCGUCUUGGUGACUACCCUUUCAACGGACCUGUCGGAUAUCUGGAGUUGAAAUACAAAAGGCGGGUAUACAAAAUGCUAAAAUUAGACGAGAAGACGUUGAAGGCUUUGCACUCGCGAGCCAAUCUUCGUCGCUUUCUGGAACACGUCACUCAUGGACAGAUCGACAAAAUCACGAAGUCAUGUGCCAAAGGACUCGACCCUAACUUCCAUUGUCAAGAUACUGGCGAAACUCCACUCACGAUUGCGGCAGGCCUAAAAUCACCUGGUAAAGUAUUAAUUGCUCUCGUUAACGGUGGAGCACUCCUCGAUUAUAGGACUAAAGAUGGAAGUACAGCGAUGCACCGAGCUGUUGAAAAGAAUUCCUUAGAAGCCGUUAAGACGUUGCUAGAACUUGGCGCGUCACCGAAUUACAAAGAUGGCAAAGGAUUAACGCCCUUAUAUCUCUCUGUUACGAAUAAAACAGAUCCCUUAUUGUGUGAAACCUUAUUACACGACCAUGCAACGAUUGGAGCUACUGAUUUACAGGGAUGGCAGGAAGUACACCAGGCGUGUCGGAACGGCCUAGUCCAACAUUUGGACCAUUUAUUGUUCUACGGGGCUGACAUGAAUGGACGCAAUGCAUCUGGAAACACACCUUUGCACGUUUGCGCGGUCAACGCGCAAGACUCAUGCGCGAGACAGCUACUUUUCAGGGGCUGUGACAAGGAAUCGCUGAAUUACGCUAAUCAGACGCCUUACCAGGUUGCAGUUAUAGCUGGAAAUUUAGAAUUGGCAGAGGUGAUAAAGAAUUACAAAUCGGAAGAAGUUGUGCCGUUCCGCGGCCCGCCGCGCUACAACCCGAAGAGGCGGUCGGGCGCGUGGGGCGGCUGGUGGGGCGCGGGAGACCGGUCCUCACUGGCGUCCUCUACACGCAUCCCUGCCGAACUGGACGCGUUGCUACGCCGGCCUUCGUCCUCGCCUUACUGCCUCGACCGCCCCUUCUCAUCCGCCUCGUCCAGCCUCAGCGACGCCAGUCACAGCCAUGAAGACGACGCCAGCAUCCUCACAGGUGAAGUGUCGAGUGUCGCAGAUAAGAGCGCGGGUGACACGAGCGACAUCAUAUCGGACUCGAGCGGCGUGGGCACGAGCACGUCGGACACUACGGUGUCGCUGCAGCCGCCGACGACUGUCGUAUGCCUGCAGUCCUGCGAGCCUGCCGCGCCUGGACAUCUGCGACUCAACCAGGGGGAUAUUAUUGAAGUGACGGGAGCGACGGAUGAUGGUUUACUGGAGGGCACGGUGCGAGGCUCGGCCGCGAGCGGGCUGUUCCCCGCGCACUGCGUUCAGGAGGUGCGGCUGCGGCAGAACGCGCAUCUACACCAGGUUCUGUCGUCUGGACCGAUUCAUCACUCGAGGGUGACGGGCCGAAGAGAAAUGGCACUUAGCAAAACUUAUAGUGCUACGGCGCCACGGAUAAAGAAAACCUAUGGCAACAUGGAAACACGCACAGUGGUGCUCCACCGAGCUCGAAGGGGCUUCGGCUUCGUGCUCCGAGGCGCGAAAGCCUCGUCACCACUCAUGGAGUUACGACCUUCCGAACGUUGCCCCGCGCUGCAGUACCUGGACGACGUGGACGCGGGGGGAGUGGCGGACCGCGCUGGGCUGCGGAAGGGAGACUUCCUUAUAGCGAUCAACGGCGAGGACGUGUCCGCGGCAUCCCACGAACACGUUGUGGAACUCAUCCGCGGUUCCGGAGCACUCGUCUCUAUGACUGUCGUAUCACUAGCGCACGCGGUCAACAAUGAAAACAAUACGUGUACAGUGCCCACGAGUAAGUCACAAAAUCAACUGUCAAGUUCUGGAAGACCAUAUGCCGCCACCCUACCUAGAAAAGCGGCGGGUGGCCGCAGCCCCGCGCCCGCGCCCCCCCGCCGCGACCCGCGCACCACGCUCAGUGUGGGCCGAGCGAGAGCCAAGUCUAUGGUUGCUGGACUUGAAAAUGGUGGUGAAAAAGAAGAAAGCUGUGAACCUUUAAGUGUCGCCGGCAAAUCUUCCUCUGCGGAGUCGGUACAGUUGCACGGCGGGAGCAACACGGGCACGCCGUCGGGCACGCCGCCGGCGCCGCGCACGGCGUCCAUCCGCGCGCGGCCCGCGUCCGGCCGCAUCACCGCCGCCGAGCUGGAGGAGCUGUUCCAGCGGCAGGCCGGCGCCGACAACGCCAACAACAACAGCGCCAUGAUGACCCGCUCGGCGUUCCAGGGCAGCGCGGGCUCGCCGCCCGCCUCGCCGCGACAGCGCGUCUACGCCUCCGUCGCGGACAUGAAGCGGGGCAAGGGGAAGGUGUGGAGCAAGUCGGGGUCGCUGCGGCGCGAGUUCCACUCCACGCCGGACCUGGCGGCCGAGCUGGCGGCGCACCCGCCGCGCACGCGCUCCAGCGAGGACGUGCACGGCCGGGCGCCGGGCGCGCGCGGCCCGCCGCCGGCCAGUGCGCCGCCGCCGCCGCCGGGCGCGCCCGCGUCGUCCUUCCGCCCCGCCGCGCCCGCCAAGCUGUACGCCUCGCCGCGCGCGCUCGCCGCCGUCGCCUACCGCGCCGCGCCCGACCAAGCCGUGCGCGCGCCGCGGCAGUGGGCGGGGCGCGCGCGCGCCGCGUCCGCGGACGACGCCGCGCACCAGUACGCGCAGCCCAUCAACCUGCACAAGCCCUUCACCCGACAGGUAGUUCUAAUCAUCGCACAGAGUUCAACACCCGCACCUCCUAUACCGGAGCCAGACUACAGCAUGUCAGAGUCCGACGACGACGCCCCCAAACGCGCUGGAGACCCGCCCGGCGAGACCAGUGGCAACAGCAACACCAGCGGCAGCAGCUCGGGCUCGGGUUCGAUGCAGCACUCGUUCUCCGUGGACGAGAUCCAGAAGAUCCGGACGCGGCUGAAAUCGUCGCGCUCGUGCGGCGACGAACUGGCGGAGCGGGACGACGGCGACAACUCGUCCUCCGGCGUGUCCUCCGACCAGGAGGCGACCGCGAAGCCCCGCCGCGACAGGGUCUCGUUCUGCAGCUCCGUGACGGUGAAGUCGUCCAACGACGUCAUCAGCACCGAGCCCGUGCACAGCUCCAGCGAGAGCCUGGCGCCGCUGGCGCGCCACAACUCGCUGACGCGGCGGCGCGCGGCGGCGCUGGCGCGCGGGCGCGGGCGCUCGGCGGCCGAGCGGCUGGGCGUGGACCCCGCGCGCGCGCCCCGCGCCGCCGUGUCGCUGGCGCAGCUGCCGCCGCCGCCCGAGGAGCCGGCCGGCGAGCCGCGCGCCGCGCCGCCCGUGCUGGCGCCGCCGCCGCAGUUCAGCGACCGCGUGCGCGUCGUCGCCGCGCUGCCCAAGCUGCACUAGCCCCACACCAAAGAUUAUGUCUACGAUCUCCUUCGCGUCUUCUCCGUUCUACGUGACGUCGCCCGUUCGUCUAAUCGGUGCUCCUUAACCGGCGCGCCGCGGCCCCGGUGGGUCUCGGAAGCGCCCGAAGUGCUCCGCGAAAGCGGAGCGAGUGAGUCUCGCUAAGUCAUAACUGAGUACUGCGACUACUACUGAUUGAGAAUAACUAAGUACUCCAUAUUUAUUCCCAAAACCGUAGUUCGUGGCAAAACAUACAUUUUGACAAAUGGUCCCUUGUCAUUCAGAGGAUAAGAAUCACUGAUCUAAAUGAACGAAUGAAUAUUAUCGUCGGCGCGUCACCGCCGUCAGUAGUCUUGAGUCUUCGCUGUCUUAGCUCGUAUUUAAAUCCCCCCCGACGCGCCCCCGCCGCGACCGAGUGCCAUCGUGUCUAUGAUUUUGUAAUAUUUAUAUAUAAAUUUGUAAAUACGUCACGGAAACCCCUUCGAGCGUCGAGAGGGCGGCCGGGGAGUUUGUAUAUACGAAGAUAUAUCCGGCCAACGAAAACGAUAUAUGAGAAUAUUAUAUGAGCGCAAUAUUUAUAGGUGAUGUUUAUUAUUAUUAAAUUUUAUUCUUGUUUCAAAAGAAAAUUCAUUUAUUUCAUUCGUCCAUGAAAAUGUAUCGCGCGGCCCGCUCUCUCGACGGAAGGUCUUGUCGGUUCGACUUGAACGUGUUCUCGCCGAGACUAAUUCUCGUCGAUAAUUAUUGAUUUUAGUGCGUCAUCCGUUCCAUUAUAAUAUAAAUUUUUAUAUUAGGUUUCUCGAUGUACCACGGUUUCAUUUAAAAACAGUUCUUACCUUACUCCUUUAGCUAAUAAAAUAUCCCAUACAUCACAAAUAGAAUAUUAUCAAAAAAUUAUGCA